CAUGAGAGAAAAGAUAGUGGGUUAGGGCAUCUAAUCACCGAUCAUAAUAAACAAGUCAGUGCCAUAUGCAGUAUUUCCAUGACACAUGGCAAUAGAAAAUACCUCUGAGUGAAGGUCAGCAUCAGACUCUCCUCUCAGCCUUCAAAUUUGUUCUGCCAAACGACCAUUGAGGUAAAACAAAAGGCCAGCCCCCUGAAAACCAAACGAAACUUAACAAGAAGAAUCUUUAGUUUUUUGGUUGUCAAGAAGGCUCACUUCUUCCUGUUGUAGUACAAUCUCCAAAAAAACCCACAAGAAAGCUAGUUUCCUUCCUAGACUAGAUCUCCCCAUCUCUAAGAAAAGUGACAUUAAAUUCCCAUCUAGAAUUCAUGGUGCUGGCUUUCCUUUGAAGAUGGUGCAAAGAAAGGUGCCCAACAAGCUUGGUAUUCAAGCUGAUCAUGUUAAAUCCGAGAAGCGGUUGGGGAACCUGAAACCAAGUUCUUGUCAGCAUCAGGAUGGCAAGAAUAGAGGACCUGAUAUGAAGAAGAAAAUGAAAAAGUCAAGAUCAAUCAAGAUUUCAGAUAUUGAGAGCUUGAAAUCAUCAUCACCUUUGAGGAAAGCCAUAUCACAGCCAGGAGAGCCGCCUCCUCUCAAUGGUACGACAACUGCAGCAGCACCACAGAAGCAGUUUAUGAUCAAAACAACUGAUGGUUCACCGAAUUAUAUGAAGUCAACCAGUAGUUCAGAGGCAAGAAAGGAGCGUUCCCAGGUGAGUCCCUUGAAUACUCAAACAGGUUCAAAUGGUAAGAACCUGCAUUACAGAAACUCUGGGAAUUCGAGAUUUAGUCCUGCUUCUGGUAGCAAACCAGCAAGAACUUUAUCAAAGACAUCUAGUUUGAAGCUGGUGAGGACUCCAAGUUUUAAGCCAACGAGAGGUACUGCGAAGAAAUGUUCUAGAGUAGCUCUUUGUGCUGAUGUGAGUACACAAAAAGCUACCUGUUCUUCAACCCAGAAGGAUUCAAAGUUUCCUGCGUACCUCAUGCUUAAUCCUGGGGGUACUGAAGCAGAGGGAACUUCAGUCAUGAAGGUCUGCCCAUACACCCACUGCUCUCUUAACGGUCAUCAACACAAACCUGUAACUCCGCUGAGGUGCUUCUUGAAGGCAAGGAGGCGUUCGUUGAAGGUCCAGAAUAGUAUGAAAUUGGAGGAUUUAUCCCCACGCAGAGCCAGGCCAUCCGGCGAUGGAACAGAAGAAAUUCAUGGUGGACUGUUGGAUUUUUCUGAAGACAAACCUGUGAUACAAGAAGUUGGAAAGGAUUUCUUUAUUGAAAUCUACGCUAACAAUACAGAAUAUGGGGCCUAUGAAACCGAAAAGAGGACAGAGAAUGAAGGCAAGACAGCAGAUGCUUUUUUGGGAGAACCUGAAGGACAGAUGAAUGAGUCCUGCUUUUACGCUGGCCAUGAAGCCGCAGUUGAACAAGACAACAACAGUCACGUUUCUGAGAGCUCGUCAGAUGAAUCACAAGAAUCAGAGAUUGAUUUUGAGGAAAACUUUAGUGAUACCAAUGCAGCAGAGAUCAAAGUUGCAGUGGGUUUCGUCAGAGAAGAAGAAAAGCACGGGGAUACAGACUGCUCAUUGACCUUCUCUGAAGGAGAAGCAAUCAUGGGAAGCUGUGACAACAGGAGUGACAUUGAAGGGGAAUGCCAAGCGAGUAUGGAGGAAGAUGAUAACAUCUCUGAAGAAACUGGCAUGGAGUGGGAGGAGGACCAACCUUCUACUUCAGAGAUUGGUGCAGAAGAUGAUGAUAUGAACAAACAUGGUAAAUUUUGGACCAAAGUAGGGUUCACACCAGAAAUCGAGAAACUUGAUUGGAGUGAGGAUUCUGAGAUCAUAACGUCUGAUGAUGUAGUCAGCAACUGUACAGAGGAAAUUCUAGCUGAUGAGGUACUGCGAGAAUUUUUUUCAGAGGAAACUGCCUCUAUUGAUAUGCAAUGCAGCGAUAGCGAUUCUGAAUCAGAUAUCAUACCCCACUAUUGGCAGAUUCUCCAAUCUAUCCAAGUGGCAGGGAACUUGGCUUAUGAUCAACCUUCUGCAGCUGAAGAUGCAUUUGAGGCACCAAAAACAGAGGAGAAAGAUGAAGAAGCUGGGAGAGAUCUGAGAGAUGCUGUGACCACUUCAGCUCCAAUAAGGGAAUCAAUUGUGGAACCAAUAGGAGCCAGAGAGAACAUUCAGGAGAAUAAUGAAACAGAUAAAUCUCUUGGAGAUGGUGAAAAUGGUUGCACGGCAGACAUUUCAGCUGAAGCUUUAAAUGGUCACCAGGAGGAUAAAUCUCUUCAAGCUGAAAAUGCAGCUAUAAGACCUCAUAUUUCUGAAAAGAGAGAUGUGAUUGGAACAAAUAAAGAGGACGAAAUCGAUCAGCUCAUCGAAGUUGCAGAAAAUAAUCAAGAAUUUGCCACUGCUGGAUUCCCUGAUGGUGAAGCUGGAGAUGCAACAGAAGAUCGAGAGCAAGUUUCCAAUGCUGAAUUGCAAUUUGAAAUCCAUGUUUCUGAUUCACCACAGGAUUUUUCUGAAGCUGAUCAAGAUGAUGCUGAACUACAUGCCGAUGGAAACCACAUGAUAACUAGUGAAGAGGAUAGUUCAAGUCAAGAUCUUGUUGAUGCCACCACUCCAACUGAGCCUCUUGACCACCAAUUGGAUGAGCAGGAUGAGACAAACCAUGUUCUUGAGAACGAGAACUUAUUUGAGGAAGAUAAAGAUGAAGCUAAAAAGAUCGAAAUCCUAACUGCCAUGGAUUUUGAGUCUCCGAGUAAUUCAAGAACGCAUGAAAUCAACUCAGCUGGAGAUGAUACAGGAGAGGUUGAGAAGACGGAAGUGGAAGUUUGUAACGAGUCAGAUACAGCAGAAACCUUCCUCUCUGCCAAUAAUGGAGCAACGAGCACAGGAUCAAAGCGCCCAUUCGUAUACACAAGAGGAAAUCCCAAUCAAGAACUUCAAUAUACCUGCAACACCAGGAAGUGGACAAUCGGAGAAAAGAAACCCAUCAAGGACUUGGACGAAGAGAGAGAAUUCAACCCAAGAGAACCAAAUUUCCUUCCCGUUGUUCCUGAUCCAGAGGCAGAAAAGGUCGAUCUCAGGCAUCAAAUGAUGGAUGACAGGAAAAAUUCUGAGGAAUGGAUGCUUGAUUAUGCACUACGACAGGCUGUCACCAAACUCGCUCCAGCUAGGAAGAGGAAGGUGGCACUACUUGUUGAAGCUUUUGAAAAAGUCUUGCCAACACCGAAAUAUGAAACUCAUAUCAGGCAUACAUCAGCAACAUUUUCUCACACAAGACCCAUUCAAGCUUGUAGCUGAUGGCAGUCACCAAGGCCCUGUAAGAUAUGCAUGCUAGAAGUGAUUAUAACCACAACCGGAAGCUUCACUCCAGCAGGCCUCAUGCUAUUGCAACUACACAAUUCAAGUCAAGAGACAUCCAAUGUCCAUGUUUCAUAGACUUCCAAAGACAGACCAAUUUACUUGCAGAUUGCUGUCAAUAUCAGACGGAUUACAUCUUGAAGAAAUAGUUGCUCUGCUUUUUCUUUUUCUUUUUUGGCUCUCAGGAUAAUUAUUUAUCUUGAAGGAUAAGAUACUUUGCUUAUAUUUUCUUUCGCUUUUGUAAAUUUCCUUAAAGUUUCUGGAAAUUGAUACAAAUAUCUUUGUAACCAUGUGAUGGAGAUGUUAUAGUUACUUUUAUUUCUGCA